UACUCUGCUGUUCCCUCUGACAUUCAUUAACCACACCCUCUCACUCUCUCGCUCUCUCACUCAUAAUCAUCCUUAUUCUGCUGUACAUUCUCUGUCGCUCUCAAAGGAGAAGCAACACAACCGACACGUUUUCACACUGCAUAAAGGUCUUUGAUAAUGGAGAAAGAAUACAACCCCCCUCCUUAUUCCGGUGCUCAGACAGGCAUAAACUACCCUGGACCACAGGCACCCAACCCACCUCAACCAGGUCCACAAGCUGUACCUUACCAAUCUCCUCCAUAUGGGUUCGGGGAUCCAUCCAUCAAUGUCCAGCCCACCAUGAUCCCUGUCGUCACACAGAUGACGACUAUGCAUCUCACUGAUGUACCGGGCCGCAUUAUCUGUCCUCACUGCAUGACGGAGGUCCUCACGGAAAUCGAACAUCUAAGCGGUUUGCUCACCUGGUUAAUCUGUGGAGGCCUUACAAUCUUUGCGUGCUGGUUAUGUUGUUGCAUCCCUUUCUGUGUGGACGCGUGCAAGGAUGUGAAACACACCUGUCCAAACUGCAAAAAUGUCAUUCGCGUUUACAAACGAAUUCAAUGAUGAGCGAUCGAAGAUAUGUCAUUUGUACACUUUAUAUGGGAGUUUAACAUUGUGAAAUACUAUAGAACUGAUGCAUAAUUAAUCACAAUCCCACAUAUGUGUAGAACAAAAGUUAUGACAAAUAUCUAAUAAUAAAAUUACACUUUCUCUGGAAAGAUGUUGCAUACUUUCCAUCUGUGUUUGCAAAUUGUUUUUAUAAUGCGUGUAUAUAUAUAUGAAUAAAAUAAGUUGCAUUUUA